AUGAAUUCAGCAUUCCCAAAGCUUACUUAUUUGAACAUGUCACAAAAUUAUCUUGAAGGUCCUAUACCUUCCAAGAUAAGUAGCAUUCAUUUACAUAAUCUAGACCUAUCUCACAAUUUCUUAUUUGGAGGAGUUCCUAGUGAUCUGGCAAUUGGUUCUCCAGUAUUAGCUUACCUUCGAUUGUCACACAACAAGUUAAAAGGUCAAAUUUUUCCAAAGGAUGUCAAACCAAAGAUGUUAUUCUUUUUGUUCUUGAAUGGAAAUAACUUUGAGGGACCACUACCUUGCAACAUGUUUAUCACAUCCCUUAUUGUAUUGGACGCUAGCAACAAUAAUUUCUCUGGAGAGAUUCCGAGAUGCAUUAGGGAUAAUACAAGAUUGUUACAACUUGAUUUAUCCAAGAAUCAUCUCAAAGGUUCAAUUCCAGUUGAGAUUUGCAAUUUAAAGCUCAUUCAGGUCUUAGCUAUAUCAGAAAACAGGCUUUCAGGCUUUAUUCCUUCUUGUGUGAAUUCUUUACCUCUUGAACACAUCCAUCUACAGAAAAAUCAAUUGGGUGGUGAAUUGGAACAUGCACUUUUCAACUUAUCUUCUCUGAUAACUUUGGAUCUUGGGUACAACAAUUUUACAGGAAGUAUCCCACACACCAUAGGCUCACUUAAUACUCUCAACUACCUUCUCCUUAGCAAUAAUCAAUUCGAAGGAGAGAUUCCAACUGAGAUUUGUAUGCUGAACAAGCUAUCUAUCGUGGAUUUAUCUUUCAAUAAGCUUUAUGGUUCACUCCUUCCUUGUUUGAGCUACUUAACACAAGCCAAAAAGGAUACAGAGAUAAGUAAGACCAAUUAUCCUACGACUUCUAGGCGUUCAUGGAUAACUUUUUUGGCCUGGAUGCGUUUGAAAAGGCACUACCACGAUAGUCAUGGAUUUCUAAGUGACAUAUUUCUGAUGGAUGUGGAAACUCAGGUCCAGUUUUCAACAAAAAGAAACUCAUACACUUAUAAGGGAAGCAUUCUAAAAUAUAUGUCAGGUAUGGAUCUCUCAAGUAACAGAUUAACUGGUGAAAUUCCCGUUGAGCUAGGGAAGAUGAGUAAUAUACCUGCAUUGAAUCUAUCGCACAACCAUCUCAUCGGAAGAAUACCAAAUACCUUCUCCAAUCUACAGAAAAUUGAGAGUUUAGAUCUUUCCUACAACAACUUGAAUGGGAGCAUUCCUGUUGGUCUACUUGAGCUAAAUUCUUUGGCAGUAUUCAGUGUUGCAUACAACAACUUAUCGGGUGCAGUGCCUGAUUUUAAAGCUCAAUUUGGAACUUUCAACAAAAGCAGCUACGAGGGAAAUCCUUUUCUUUGCGGUUAUCCAUUAGACAACACGUGUGGCAUUCCUAAAUUGUCAUAUACCUCCAAGAUUAAUGGAGGUGAGGAAUCAUCAGACUUGGAGGAUAUUCAGUGUUUUUACAUUGGCUUUGUUGUGUCUUAUGGAGCGAUCUUGUUGGGAUUAGCUGCGGCACUCUGCUUCAAUCGUUAUUGGAGAAAAGCAUGGUUUAGGAUGAUAGAGGCAUUGAUGUUUUAUGGUUACUAUUUUCUCUUGGACAACGUUGUUACACCCAUCAAGAGUAUAUGGUACAGGAAUGUUGGUUAA